AUGCAGAAACAUCUUAAGAUAGCUGCGUGUUUAAAAGGCGAGCGAGGAAAGGUGAACGAGAUUACAAAGUUUCUAAAGACUGGGAGAGAGCCUUUAGACAAUACGCCUUUUUCGCAAGAAUCGUGGGAAGAAGACCUCCUCCAGUUCUUAACACUCAAUCGGCUUCCACUUCAUCUUAUUGAGCAUCCAUCAUUCCAUCGUAUCAUUUCUCGGGCUCGCUGCGCUCCAAUGCUACCAAUAAUCCCCUCUGCCGAUACAAUCCGUCGCCGACUAAGCAGCACCGUUAAAGACCGGCAAGAGAGCAUACUUCGGACACUACCAGUUGGCUCAAGGAUAUCGAUUGCACUUGAUUGCCGGACGUCUCCUUUCUCGCAGGCGUUUAUGGCAAUCACAGGCUAUUUUAUUGAUGCUGAUUGGGCAUACCGCGAGGUGCUGCUUGGAUUUAAGCCUCUUCAUGGUUCGCAUAUAGGUGCGAAUCUAAGCGGUGUGCUCCUUCAAACUCUGAUAGAGCAUAACCUUGAAGGCCGAGUCUUUGGGAUCACAACGGAUAAUGCGUCGAAUAAUAAGACAUUA